AUGGGUCAAUUCGACUGGUUCUCCGCCAUCGGCGCCACGGACGAGGCUGUCGCUGUCCUCAACGAUCAACCGAUCCUCUUCACCAUCCUCCUCGUCGUCCUCGUUGCCGUUAUCCUCCAGUGCGUCCUCAUCUGGUAUAUCCACUACGCCACUAUGAAGCCCGAGCAGCGCAAGGCCAAGCAGGACAAGAAGGACAAGAAGGCUGCCGCAAGGAAGAAAUGA